GCGCCGAGCCGCCGGCGAGCGGGCGUCGCCCCUCCUCGCGGCCCGCGCCCCGCAACCGCCCUCGUCCGUCGAAUCUCUCGUCGUCGCCGGCAAACUCGAACGACCUCUUUUCGCUAACUAACGUCGCACCCGCGUCCGAUUCCCGCCGCGAAACUGCGCUCGAUCUCUUCGCGUACUCAUCACACUCUGAAAUAUUUUUCAGAGUUUAGCAGAAAUAUUUUAAAGAAACUUUGUUUCAUAGUUUGGAAAUAAGCGGUCGUAGGUUUAACGUAAUAUUUAAUUUAUUUUUUGGGAGAGUGGGUUUAGUCAUGGACUUGGCAAGUUUAGUUGAAUAGUGGUAGGGUUGCUAGAGCGCAAGAGUGCGGUGAUGUGGCGGUGCGCGGCUUGGCGAGGAUGUCGGUCGCGGCCUGCGUGUGCGCCGGCGGGCGCGUAGGGCCUGCACCAUGGACUGCUGCAACUACGGGGAGUACCGCGGGCCGGGCCAGUACGCGCCCGCCUGGGACGGCUACGGCGGCUACGCACCGCUGCCUUACGCGCCCUACGCGCACGCCUACUACGCGCCGCACGCGCACGACCCCUACGCGCGAUACUAUCGCUAUGAUUAUCCCAGUCAUCACAUGCACCAUGAACAUGUCAUGCCUAUGGAUUACGGCGGGUACGCGUCGAAGGAGGCGCGCGUGCGACGCUCGCUGGCGCGGCGGGAACAGCGCGCGCACACCCCCGCUCAACACCUGCCUCUCCCACCCACGCCACCGCUAGAAUGUGGAAUGAACGGUCGGGGUCCCGCUUACUGCGAACCGCAGAUGUGGCCGCAUUAUCAGCAGAUGGGUGCUAUGGGUGGCGGUGGCUGGAGUGGCGCGAACGCAGCUAACGGGUGGGCCCCGCGCAAUGCGUGCUCGCGUGACCACAUGCGGUAUCCUCCUGAAUGUCGCCCGAUGAAGAGUGCUCAUUUGCAUAGUCAGAGUCAGGCUUGUCAACAAGAUGGGAGAUCUACGCCUUAUCCUGUUUAUACGGAAGAUACGCAUUACAAUGGAGAGGGUAGUGCAAGGCAAAGAAAUACCCCCGAAUUCACGCCGGCUGUAACACAGAGUGAAGCAAGCCGCGCUCCUCGUGAACGUUUUCCUGUCGAGCCCCGUCGCUCGCCUCCCGAAGAGAAGCGGGCGCCGCCAGUAGUUCCGCUGCCAGCUUUCCAACAAGCGUUUGGGUCCACAGAGAUUGGGAAAUUUGCUGAGGCAUUUAGUCGGACGGAGAUCGCAGUGGACGAUACUCCCGCCGACAAUUUUAUGUACGAGUCGUUUCCCGAGUGGGAUGGAUCUGUUGAACCUCAAUGGUCCUCCCAACCCGCGGCGCAACCCUCGUCGCGGGAAAUCAAAUGCGAAGACAACUUUUAAGUUGUCUUUGCUCUAGUACUAAUUUGUAGGCAAGUAUGCCUUUUAGUUAAAUUAGACAAAUUGUAGUUCCACCACCAAGUUGCCAAAAUGAGUAGAAUUGAGAUGAGGAGUUGAAUGUCAUAGGACUAUUAUGAUGUGAUGUCAAAAUUACUGAAGAUUACGAAAAUUUAAACGACCGGAUAAAAUAGUGGUGUGACUUUUAAUUCAAUAUAUAAAGUAGAUUAAUUAGUUAAUCCCUUUAACUAGUUUUAGGCCGAUCUUGAAAUGAGAAAUAUUAUAACGAGGAAGUGGGAAGGUUAGGUACUGCAUAUAGGAUAACAAAUGAAUCAUGACUCAAUGUGCCUUUAUUCGGAGAGCCCGGCCGCUACUCGCGCGGUGUCGUCCGCCCCAUUCUGCGUUGCUAUGUACGACAUAACAUUACAAUAGCAAUUAUAGGGACCAACGUUUAGACAAAUAUACACGACCCGGUCGCGUGCACACACCAUGCGCAAUAAGCUCAACGAAAUACUUUAUGAAUGUUCUGGGAUUUUAAAGAAAAUUAUAGCAACAUUAACUUAAAUAAAAUAAAUAAUAAAAAAACAAAUUAGUAGCUUGUAAUUAACUAAUAAAAUAAUUAAAUCUUGAUCUUUCAAAACUAAUUGUUCCCUUUAAUAAAUAUGCUUUCUUGGGCUAUCCUGUAUAAUUUUGAAAUUACAUACCUACAUAACAUAAAACUUCUAAAUAUAAACUCAUAAUAACACGAUUCAUAUAAUUUGAUUCCUAUUUCUGUUAGUUAUAAACCUAAUUAUAAUAAUAAUUAUAACAAAUAAAUGAUGAUCGUUAUUGAAAAUAUUUGAGGGGCUAUGAGACGCCGCGCGGUCUUAUUAUAAACAUUCAAAAUUUUUCAGAAAGUAAUGAAACAAGUCAUGUGUGUAGGUAUAAAUAGGUAGUUAAAUUUGAUAAAAAUUUUAAAGAGAUUACUUAUGAAUAAAAUGGCUUUUUAAUUGAAUAUUUAGGGGUCCAACAACGUUGAUGUAAAGUGUUUGUCGUGAUUUUAAUUUCCCAUUUAGAAUCGCAAAUACGACAGCAAUAUAUCGCGUAGGUAUAUACUGGUAAUCAGUGGCCAUCGAUUACCUAGUACCUAGCUGAAUUAAUGUUACAACAAAGUGUCUGUUGUUAUGUUUAGUUAGGUAUAUCAACUUAAACGGUUGCUUGGUGACAAAGAACUAAUGUCGUUUCUCGUUUAGAAACUGAGUAUUUAUUAACAUGAGUUUUGUAAAUGAUUAGUGUCUGUGAUAGAGUUGUUUGUGUAUGUAUAUGUUUUAAUAUAGGUUGCUAUGUAAAUUAUGUCCUACAAAUUAAUUAAAAUUUGGUAUUUAUGUUAAUAUUGUCAUUCAUUAGAUGUUAAACUGUCCACUUACAGAUGAUUUUUUAUCGAUUACGUGGUUUCGCGGUCAGUUAUGAGAAAGCUGCCUUUAUGUAAGAACAGAGAAACCCAAAAAUUCCGAAUUAUUUCAUACCCCUUUUGAUUCCACAACGAAUGAAAGUGUUUUUGUGUAAAGAGGUCACGGGACUCGUUUGUAUAGCACCUGUCGAAUUUGUUGUUACAUCUGUUUGAUUGUCAGCGGAAGCUAAAGUUGAUGUUAGUUACUUUGUUUCGAGCUUAAUACUUAAAUAAAUUUAUCUUAUAAUGUGCGGUGCAUGGAUAACAGUAACUUCCAGUGGUCUUCAUUUUUAUAGAGAAAACUUGUGUGACAGUAUUUUCGGUCCUUUUCGAUUUAAAAAAAAACAGCAAAAUUAAUGGAGUGCCUUACGUAUUUAAUAUGAUAUGAAAUUAGGAUGGAUGAAUUUUAUUCUAGCAUAAUUUGAUGAAACACCAUAAUAAAAUAUAAUAGCGUAAUGAAACUUCUUUUAAAUCGAGUAUUUCAU